AUGACUACAAAUGAGACUCGUCCAAUAUUUGCUGCAUUAUCUGCUGAUGAUGCUGAAAAUCAAUUAACUGAAAUUGAAUCACUUUGUAUGAAUUGUUAUGCAAAAGGACAAACACGUCUAUUAUUAACACACAUUCCAUAUUAUAAAGAUGUUAUACUUAGUUCAUUUGAAUGUGAUUCAUGUCAUUCUAAAAAUAAUGAUAUACAACCAGCACAACGUAUUGAAUCAUAUGGAAUAUCAAUUAAUGUUCAUAUUAUUAAUACUAAAGAUCUUAAUCGACAAUUUGUUAAAUCAUCUGAUGGAACAGUUCGAAUUAAAGAAUUAGAUUUUGAACAAGCACCACAUGGUGAAAAUGGUCUUUUAACAACGAUUGAAGGAUUUCUUGAUUCAAUAACUGAAAAUAUAAAUAAAACAAUUAAACAAAUUGAAGAAACAAUUGAUGAAACUCAUAAAAAUUCUAAAGAAAAUUCAACAGAUGAUAAUGAUAAACAAAAUAUUUCAGAAUUUGAACAACAAAAACAAAAAUUAUAUGAAUUUAUUAAACGUGUUGAAUCAUGUAAAACAUUAUCACAAACAUUUCAUUUUGAACUUGAUGAUCCAAGUGGUAAUAGUUUUAUUGAAAAUCCAAAUGCACCACAUCGUGAUGAACAAAUGAAAAUAAAAAAAUAUCGACGAACAUCAGAACAAAAUACAUAUUUAGGUAUUGAUGAAGAAACAACAGAAAAUGAAUCAACAUUAGAAAAAUCCGAUGAUAUUAAAGAUGAAGUACUUAUUUUUCAUACAAAUUGUCCUUCAUGUAAUUUACCAUGUGAUACAAAUAUGAAAGUAACACAAAUACCAUAUUUUAAAGAAAUUAUUGUUAUGGCAACAACAUGUGAUGUUUGUGGACAUAAAUCAAAUGAAGUUAAAUCAGGUACAGGUGUUGCACCUGAAGGUAUACGAUAUCGUUUAAUUAUGAAUGAUUCAAUUGAUUUAAAUCGAGAUGUAUUAGUUUCUGAAACAUCAUCAUUAUCAAUACCUGAUUUUGAUUUUGAAUUAUCAUCAUCAAGAUCAAUUGGUGGACGAUUUACAACAAUUGAAGGAUUACUUACAACAUUAAAAUCUCAAUUAGCAAGUGUUAUUAUGCCAUUUAGUUGUGGAGAUAGUCAAAAUCCAAAUAAUGAUAAGAAUAUAAUGAAAUCAUUUAUUAAUGAUAUAUCAGCUGUACUUGCUGGAGAAAAAUUUGUUACUAUUGUUUUAGAUGAUCCAGCUGGAAAUUGUUAUUUACAAAAUAUUUGUGCACCCGAACCUGAUCCACAAUUAAUUGUUGAACAUUAUCAACGUACAGAUGAACAAGACGACUUAUUGGGAUUAAAAGAUAUGAAUGUUGAGAAUUAUACAGAUUCUUGA